AAACUUGCUCUAAUUCUCUAAAUUCCACCUCGCAUCUCGCCACUCUCGUGAAAAUACGCACGAGAGCACGAUGAUUCCACGUCAUUGAUCUAUUUUGGGCCUCUUGGGUGGAUUUUCCGCUGAACCCGCGACAUUUUUCGCAGUUUAAAUCUCACAUUGUGCCCAAGUGGAGAGGCCUCUCUUUAAUCGUGAUUUUCCCACCCUCUACAAGUGCGUGAAGAUGUGCUCCAAAGUGCUCCCCUGUCCACUGUGUAGUCAUCCGAAUUUUGAGAGUGUCGAUGCACUCAGAAUAAGCCUCGUGAAAGUCGCAAAUCACCCACUAAUGUGCCCCGUGUGCAAUGAAGUUCUCCUGGGACUCGAUAAGUUCACAAUUCAUCUCUUCAGUCACACCAUUGAUACCCAUCUUGUUGCUCCAGCUGUGUGCAAGGAGGAGACGACGAGCAUACAACCAGCAGCAGAGGUGAUGGUUGAUGUGAAAAUUAACCCGCAACCAUCACAGUGUGAUAUUUGCUCCUUCCUCUUUCGUGACAUGAAUCUCCUGCAAAUUCAUCAGAAUCUCAUGCACAAAGCACCCGAGACGGGGGCUAAGGAUGCACAGGAGGGGACAAUGGCGAAAUUCCAGUGUCAUCUGUGCCAGAAGACGUUCAAAAUGAAGGGAUCACUGCGCGUUCAUUUGCGUGUUGUGCAUCUCUAUGGGGUUGAGCAAGAGCCAGAGGCGAGGCGACUCACUGAGAAGCUAAAAUUAACCGAGGAGACACCGAAUAAAGUAAAUAUUCCACCACAUGAGCGAUGCGAUGAAACAUUUUCAGCACCCACCACACGGCUGCCCACAACACCGUCGGAGAGUCUCCCGAAUCCACAGAGCGUUGCAGCACCUCAGGCUGCUGCUGAUGCUGCAAAAUCAUGGGAAUGCGACAUUUGCGCCAAAUCCUUCACGACAAAAUACUUCCUAAAGAAGCACAAACGUCUCCAUACAGGUGAAAUGCCCUAUUCGUGCACUAUCUGCGGUAAAACAUUCACUUUCCAGCAAUCCUACCACAAACACCUGCUCUAUCACAGCGAUGAGAAGCCACACGUGUGCUCCACGUGUGGACGGGCUUUCAAGGAACUCUCCACGCUGCACAAUCACGAACGUAUCCAUAGUGGGGAGAAGCCCUUCAGCUGUGAAACCUGCGGAAAAUCCUUCAGGCAGAGAGUCUCCUACCUGGUACACAGGAGAAUCCACACGGGUGCAAUGCCCUACAAAUGCACCGCAUGUGCCAAGAGUUUCCGCUACAAAGUCUCCCAGAGGACGCAUAAAUGUCCAGCUCAGCCUCCGGGCACCGUAAUCCGCCAAUCGGGGGAUCUGCUGCAGAAACUCCUGCAGAAUGCCUCCCUCACACCGGCAGACACUGAUCUUACGUUCGACGAACUUAAUUCGCACGGCGGAAGUGAUCUCAUUAGUCAGACAAUUGAUGACAUCGUGAAGGAGUCCUGUGACAAAAUGGGGCUCAGUGAGACAUGCUCAGAGAUCUUUGGGGGUAUAUCAUCCAAUGCUGCGGAGGACAGUGCAGCCAGCCCAUCGGAUAAGCUGCAAAAUCUCUGUCUCUACUCUCCCGGGCAAAUGGAGACCAUCAAUGAGGAUUCAUUCAAGCAGCUUCUCUACGGAGAUGGGAAUUUGUGAUAUGGAAUUUGUUUGAGAAGAAAAAAAUCAUUUUUUGCGAGAA